AUGGAACAACCCAAUAGUGAGAAGUUGGGGCCUCUCCAUGAGAAACCUGGGGUUCUAGACCACACCGACGACUCAGAAAUCGAUGUCUACAUUGAUCCCGCGAAAGAAGUAAAACUACUCGCAAAACUUGACCUUGCUUUUACGCCGGUGAUAAUGCUGGUAUAUUUAUCUUGUUUCUUGGAUCGUUCAAACAUUGGCAAUGUAAAAGUCGCUGGUAUGUUGAAAGACAUACACGCUACGGAUCAGCAAUUCUCUAUCGCUGUAUCAAUCUUCUACGCGACUUAUGUGACUUUUGAGACACCAGCAGCAGUAUUGAUGAAAAAAAUCACCCCUCGUGUGAUUUUGUCUACGCUGUGCGCGGUCUGGUCGCUGACUACCAUUUUUACUGGAUUUGUCCAUAAUAUUGGUGGUCUUUAUGCUACAAGAUUGAUUCUUGGAUGUUGCGAAGCAGGUCUAUUUCCCUGCUUGAACUUAUACUUGACAAUGGUGUAUCGCCGAGAAGAACAAGCUAAGCGAGUUGGAUAUUUGUUUAGCUGUGCUGCAUUGUCUGGGGCAUUUGGAGGACUCUUGGCUUAUGGUAUUCUUCAGAUGGAUGGUGUUUCUGGAGUUGCGGGCUGGAGGUGGGUGUACAUUAUCGAAGGCCUUUUCAGUGUUGUUGUCGCUAUCGUCGUUUGGUUUGGCCUUCCAACCGAUCCCGGUAAAGCUUGGUUCUUGAACGCAGAAGAAAGAGAGAUGAUGAGACUGAGAGCUAUUCAGAGACAAAAGUAUAUGGGCUCCGAGAAAUUCUCUUGGGAAGAAUUCCAAAUUGAACUUAAAGACCCAAAGCUUUAUAUCAGCGCUGCUAUCCAGUUUAUGCAAGACUGUCUACUAUAUGGGUUUAGCACAUUUUUACCGUCCAUUCUAAAGGCGAUGAACUAUAACACGCUCCAAGCAAACUACCUCACUAUACCCGUAUACAUGUGGGGCGCAAUUAGUUUCCUCUUUUUAGCUUGGGUAUCUGACAAGAUUAGUAUGCGUGGACCGAUACUAUUCUUUGCCAACAUCUUCGGAAUAGUUGGUUAUAUUUUGCUACUCACAGUAAAACAUGAAGGAGUAAAAUUCUUCGCCACGUUCCUCUGUGCCAUCGCCGUCUAUACAGGUCCUGGUCUGAACAUAACCUGGCUAAACGUCAACGUAGCACCACAUUACAGACGUGCAACAGCAAUUGGUAUCCAGCAGUCCAUUGCCAACACGGCUGGAAUAGUUGCUGGACAAAUAUAUCGCACUUCCCCAUACGUUCUUGGGAAUAGUUUUUCUCUGGGAGCAUUAUGUGUUGCUCAAGUGUUAAUUGUAGUGAAGGUUUGGUAUGUGAAGAGUCAGAAUAGAAUGAAAGAGAGGAUUGGGAAAGGAGAGAUUGGGGAUAGGAGAAAGGUGAAGACUGGGGAUGGAGAAUUAGAUUUUGAGUAUCAUAUUUAG